AGGCCACAACUUGAGUCCACUCAGGCACUGUAAACGGUGAUAGUGUAGUCGCAGGCGUCGACUGUGUAAUCACAAGUGGAAGUUGCGACUCGUGGACACUUGUGAGUCUCAACGCCAUGGUUGCUCUAAAUCAAGACCCUCCUCCCUACGACGCCCAGUUGUCGAAUGGGAUGGUGAACAUUGCCUUCAGCGGUGAUGUUCCUUCCAAGACGUCGGUGGAGGAGAAGGCGAGGGAGAGCCAGGUGAAACAGGAGGACCUGGACGACCCUUGGGCCGUCACCGAGAUGCAAGCUGAUGAUGGCGUCAAGUGGGCAGACUUGACGACGGGAGAGAAGGUGAAACGAGUGACGAUCAACAUCUCCAAGGUAGUGCUGGUGCUGUGUUUCCUCUACUUCUUCAUCUGUUCCUUGGACUUUCUCUCCUCCUCCUUCAGACUCAUCGCCGGCAAGACCACAGGUGACGUGAUGAAUAACCAGUACGUGAAGAACCCCAUCGUGGGGUUGAUGAUCGGCAUCCUGGUCACUGUUCUUGUUCAGUCCUCCUCAACCUCAACCUCUAUCAUCGUUUCCAUGGUCUCAGCUGAAAUACUGGAUGUGCACACAGCCAUUCCUAUGAUCAUGGGAUCCAACAUAGGUACCUCUGUCACCAACACUAUCGUCUCCCUCACACAGAUUGGUGAACGCAACGAGUUCAGGCGAGCCUUCGCUGGGGCCACCGUUCAUGACAUGUUCAACUGGCUCUCAGUCAUCACACUUCUCAUUCUUGAAGUCACUACAGGACUCUUAGAGAAGAUAACCACAGCCAUGGUAUCUGACCUGGCUUGGGUCAGAGGCGGCGGAGAGAUAAAGAUGCUGAAGGUCAUCACAGAUCCAUUCACUAAGUUAAUCAUACAGUUAGACAAGGAUGUGCUGACAGCCUGGAGUACAAACCAAGGAGAGUUGGUUAACGAGACUUCACUUGUCAAGAGGUUCUGUAAGAAAGCGUGUAUGGAUCACUCCACUUCUGGAACAAAUGCCACAACAGCGCUGGUGGCCUCCAUAAAUACUGCAACAUCUAGUGGAUGUGUUAAAGUGGGUGUUCCAAACUCUUGCUACUUCGUCUUCUACCAGACAGUGUUAACUGACGCGCAAGUAGGCAUUAUCCUCCUUAUUGCCUCCCUCAUCAUCCUGUGCACAGCUCUCAUAGCCAUCGUCAAGAUUCUUAACUCCAUGAUGAAAGGAAAGAUGGCAACGAUCAUCAAGAAGACCAUCAACGCUAACAUUCCCUACUUCCCCUGGCUGACUGGCUACAUUGCUAUCCUGGUGGGCGCUGUUACUACCUUCAUUGUUCAGUCCUCCUCUAUAUUCACCUCUACCCUCACACCUCUCAUUG